CGCGCAUGAUAUCGAUAGCGAUAACGUGCACAAUUGCGCUUUUAAAACACUGUACCGGUAGAUGUCUAACUUGAAGUUGAAGUAUCUGUGAACUGGACCCAAGUCUUCUAAUUACAUCAUCAGUUUAUCAUCAAGAACGAAAAUGGUGAAAGGGAAGAAAUGGAUUUUGGAGAAGCAUUUCCAGGGAAUGCCGAAGAGGAGCGACAUGAAGAUUGUGGAAUUUGAUCUGCCGACAGUUCCAGAUGGAUCAUUCUUGGUGGAGGCAAUCUAUCUCAGCGUGGAUCCCUACAUGCGGCCAUACUCGGCAAGACUGCCAGAAGGAAUCACCAUGAUUGGGACCCAGGUCGCAAAGGUCAUUGAGACCAAGAAUGCAGACUUCCCGGUCGGCACGCUCGUCGUGUGCCAGGGAGGUUGGACCACUCACUCCUUGUGUGAUAAGACAAACUCGGGUAAGAUUCCGCCCUACCCAGAGGGAGUCCCUCUCUCCCUGGCCCUGGGGACCCUGGGGAUGCCUGGGAUGACUGCCUACUACGGUUUGCUUGAAAUCUGUGCCCCAAAGCCGGGGGAGGUGGUGGUUGUUAGCGGAGCCGCUGGGGCGGUCGGUUCUGUUGUGGGACAAAUCGCAAAGAUCAAGGGGUGUAAAGUCAUCGGAUUUGCUGGCUCCGAUGAGAAGGUGGCCUGGCUUAAAGAACUGGGCUUUGACGAAGCCUUCAACUACAAGACAAUCAAGAACCUUGACGCUACCUUGAAGUCUGUUGCCCCCGACGGCAUCAACUGUUACUUCGACAAUGUUGGAGGAGAGUUUGCGUGCACAGUUGUCGCCAACAUGGCCAAGCACGGCCGCAUCAGCUGCUGCGGUGCCAUAUCCCAAUAUAAUGACACAGCUCCACCAAAACUGCCUUCUCUGUUUGGCACACUCGUCUCAAAUGAGAUCAAGAUGGAGGGCUUCAUCAUCUUUACCCACCUUCAGCGCUGGCCUGAGUGGACUAAGCAACACAUCCAGUGGAUAAAAGAGGGCAAGUUAAAGUACAAAGAGCAUGUCACGGAGGGUUUCGACAACAUGUUUGAUGCAUUCGUGGGGCUGUUCUCUGGAGCAAAUACCGGCAAAGCUGUCGUUAAAGUUUAGAAGAAACCAAUCGAUCUGGUGACUUGUGCCUUUGCCAUAGAAUGACAUUGUAGAAAUAAAGCUAGACUUGAUUUCUGUACGAAAAGUGCGCUCAAAAUUCACUUUCUUCGCAAAUUGCUUGAGGAUCAUGGUAACAAGUUAGACUUUUUGGAACGGAAACGUUUAUACCGCUGUACUCUAUGACACGUAAAUAAAUCACGUUUUGCUGCAUUGCAUUCUUCUGUGUUGCGUUUUUACACCGUUGCUGAAUAAGCUGGAUGUUUUUGCCCCUUUGUUUUGCAGUUUGCUGAUCAAAAUAAGAAACUGCAUGUCAAUUAACUGCCAAGUAAGUUGUACUUGAUUCUUCCUAAGCAUUCGUAGAGGAGAUUGACACUAAGAACCGCAGUGCGAAUGAGAAAGAGCACUCUGUGCCCUAGCAACGAAAUUCCUCUUGGGCAACACCACUGGCUGAUGAUGCUUGCUCUUAGCUGGUUGCCGGAUGCCGCUUUUCCGUCAUAUCGCAUCAUCAGGGAGAUAGACUGGUCCCGCUCUCCCAUCCAUUGUCUUAACUGCAAAACAAUAAAAAUGGAAACAGGAGCCAUGCAGUUGCCUCUUUCUUGUUCACCUGAUUAAUGCUUGCUUGUGUAUUCAUCUACACUCUGUCGCCUUUGACUACUUGCUGCAUGAAUAUUAUCGUUUGUUUUACAUUCCUUUCAUAUUUUAGACAAAAAUGUGGUAUAGCUUGCAGGACGUGUUGUUCAAUUUCCGUUGACGUGCAAAUUAAGCAAUUCCUGUUAAUCCAAAGAACUAGAUGAUUUAACCAGAUCAGGAAAUUCUGAUCGAGCAAAGAGUAAUUUGUAAAUUAUAUUGGUAUGCUAAUUGAGCUUGUUUUGAUGGGUAGAAAUUUGCCUGUGGAAAUGUGUUGAAUUGUAUAAAUGAAUGCACAGCAUUUUUUUCCCCGAUAUGGGUGCAUUCAAAUGAAAACUCCUCAACGCCAAAAGGAUCUGGUUUACAUGUACCUACUGCCCUUGAUUGUUUUUUUUUCUGUUUAUAGUAAAUAUAUUUGUGUUCACCUGUUCAUGGAGUUUCCUCCAUGACCUGAUUAGGCCCAUAAAGCCUGAAAAUGUGUUGAAUUGUAUAAAUGCACAGCGACAUUUUCACCAAUAUGGGUGCAGUCAAAUGAAAACUCAGCCUCAACGCUUAAAGGAUCUGUUUACAUGUAGCCUACAUGUACCUACUGCGCUUGAUUGUCUUUUCUGUUUACAGUAAAUCUAUUAGUGUUCUGAUUAAAAACUGAUGAGUCACACACGCA